AUGGCGGCUUGGAUGCCGAACCUGUUCGUGAACCCGGCGGACCCGAUCAGCGCCGAGGACGUGGGGUACUUCGACCACCGCAGGAAGAUGGAGGCCAUCGGGGCCGUCGCCGUGGGGAGGCUGGCGACGAGGAACUCGGUGAAGGACCUGCUGCUGGGCAUUGGGAAGGGUGGAAGCGGCUGCGAGCCGCUGCACCUGUUCCCGUCUGCCGUGCUGACGGUGAACCGCGGGCCGUCGCCGGACUUCAAGACGGCGCACGGGAUCCACCAGUGGUGGCGGCCCGACCUGUCACUGGAGUGCACCGCGCAUUACUACACUUGA